AUGAACCAGGUGAUUUCCUUGGUGGUAAGAUCGAAUUUGACUCAAGACGAAAUGGCAAAUCCCCUCAACGACGUAAAAGAGCUUGAUUAUGUGAAGAUUCUGAACAAGGUUCUUCCCGAAGAUAUAAGAAUUCAUUCCAUUUGUUUGAGACCACCAGAGGGAUUUGAUGCUAGGUUUUCCUGUCUAUCCAGACACUAUAAAUAUUUCUUUGAGCAAGCGAAUUUGAAUAUUGAGAAGAUGCAACAGGCUGCAUCUUAUUUUGUUGGCGAACAAGAUUUCCGGAACUUCUGCAAGGUAGACGGAUCCAAGCAGAUUGUCAACUACAAACGAAAAAUCAUUUCCUCGUCCAUAGAAAGAACAAAAUUUGGACACAAGACCUAUGUUUUCAGUCUCAGGGGAUCAGCAUUUCUUUGGCAUCAGGUGAGAUCCAUGAUGUCGAUUUUGUUUUUAGUCGGCCAAGAACUAGAGGAGCCUGAAAUAGUGAGAAAGCUUCUUGACGUUAAACUCUUUCCAGGCCGUCCAAAUUACACAAUUGCCAGUCCUCUUCCUUUGGUUUUGUAUGAUUGCGAGUUCGACCAUAGUGUGGUGUGGUCGAAAACUCUUACCUCAGACAGAAUUCAAUUCACAAAAUUCAACCAGAUAUGGGUAGAUUUAGGGGCCAAAUACACGAUCGCUACCACGAUGAAACAUGUUAUCGAACCAAGUGAAGAAAGGUCAAAAAAUGGUUCAAAUAAUUAUAGUACGCCAGGCAAACAUUCCUAUACACGCAUUGAACAGCGGGAAUGUCUUGAGGCACCAGACAAUAUAAAUAAAAGAUGGCUUCGGAAUAGGGCUCCUGGCUGUAAAUAA